AUGGCGUAUCUUGUCCCCAUAUUUUUAUCACUCGUCUUGGCUCAGCGCGCGGCGGCACAGGUAUUUGGGCCGCCUUUCAAUAACACCAAUGGGUCUAGUGGAAGCUCUACAGGCGCUGGACUGGUCGUUGGGGUAACUUUUGCGGCACUCGCAGGUUGCAUCGCUAUCGCAUUCAUACUUAUCGCAGUGUUCACUUCUGAUUGCUGCCGCAAGAACCAUUCCGCGCCUCCUGCACAUCCCCAUCGCACAUUUAUGAAGCAUCGUCCGUUCUCUGGUAACUCUUGGCACCACUCAGGUCUCGAAGCCCAGCAUCCCGUUGGCACCUUGGGGUAUGGUCAUGAAUCCCCCUCUCAUGCGGUAGAUACGACCAAUACGGAGUAUCCCCCUGCGAACGCGCCUUUGCCUCCCCCGCCUUAUCGGAAUAAUUCAAAUCAAGGCGCUACGGAUGUGAGUGAUCCACAUCAAAACGCUACGCAUGAUUCUGAAUCGCCUCCUGCGAUUGAGGAAAAUGUGGACGCUCCGCCGCCUGCGUUUCCGAAAAAUUCUCAUCGCUGGGAAUUUUGGGGUCGCACUUGA